AUGGCUCGAGCACUGUUGUUAUUCGUGUUUAUGGUGUCAGGUGUCUUUGCUGGACGCUACUUUAACGAAAAACAGCCUUGCUAUAGACCCAAGCUGAACAAACACGAUGGAUUCAGGUAACUUUAGCCGGGAUGUCUUCUAUCACCUAAUUUGAUAUGUUUGCUGUCUAGUGAUUACUCUCGAGCUAUAAAUAGUAGCUAGUUGUUGCAACAUGAUUGUAGUAGUAGAUUUUUUUUUUUCCCCACGGCUGUGUCUACAGAUAGUCAGUUAUUAUGUAUGGGCGCAACACUGCAUUUUAUAUAUAUAUAUAUAAAAAUAGCCAUCUAUGGGAAGUAGGGCAAGCGCAUGCUUAUCUUUUGCCUCUAGUGGUUUCAACUGUGUAGUGUUGAUGUUUGUGUGUGUGUUGUUCAGGCGGACAUUGCCUGCAUGUUCUGCACUCAACUGAUAUUAUUAGUUAGUCACUGAGUGAGUUUGUUGUCCAUAAUACUUACAAUAAUACAUUACCAAACAAACUCUUUAAUCCCUCCUCUCAGCCCAUCCCUCCUAUCACGAUAGAUCACCCUCGUUUGGUUUACAUGUGCCAUAUAUUUUUCAAUUGUGCUGUGAUGUUUUACAAACAUUUUGAACCUUUCUAAUUGUAUAGUAUCCACAGAUUGUGAGCUAAAGAUGACAACCUUUCUUACGAGUAUUAUUAUAUUAUUUAUAGACUGACUAUGGCUUUAUUUUACCAAUCCUGAACUAGUAUCCAGAAACAAGCUACAUAGGGAAAAUACCAGAAUAAAUGAUCUCGUUCUCUUCGCAGCAAAAUCUACAGAGCUGAGAUUGUUGUAUGCCCCAUAUGAGCUAUAUAUAAUUCUGUUGGUGACAAGAAUUUUGUAUAAUUUAGAUUCAAAAACUCGAAGUGUUGACUCGUGUUUUUUGUACCACUUCAUAAACCAUGUGCCAUGGAAUCGGUACAUCGCAAAUCUCUCAUUUAUUUUGCAACCUGUAUGGCGCAGCUGUCAACAUUUCUGUCCACAAAUGAAACUGGUAUAUUUUUCUAUUUAUGUUAACUCCUUUCAGCCAGUUUGUAUCUUUUAAUAAAUGGCAGGCAAACAAGUUCCGUACCUCUUUCCACUUGCCUCCAUUUGUAUGGUAAUUCUGCUCUCAGUUGGUUAUACGUUUUGGAUUGAGCAGACAUUCCCAUAUAUUUUCGAUAGCUGCAUAUGUGACAACUCCAGUUUAUAUUCUUCAUAUCAUUAAUAAAUAUAAUACACAUUUAACUUUUUUUCCCAUAAACAAUGGUUUUUAUUAAUCAGUAUAUUUGCGUUUAACCUUAACAUUUAUUUGAUAUUUUCUGGAGGAUAAAACGGAAAUUGUAACCAGCUUUGUAUGGCUUGUUUAAGAAAGGGCGAUACUAUAAACAAAAUGUCAUUUUCAAUUAGUCGGAAAUGAGAAGUUGUAAUCUGUAUAAAGGCCAUUUUUGAACAAAGGAUGAGCCUCCCAAUCAACACCAUUAUCCCAGAAACCCUAGACCCACUCCAAUUUGCAUACCGCCCCAACAGAUCCACAGAUGAUGCAAUCUCUAUUGCACUCCACACUGCCCUUUCCCACCUGGCCAAGAGAAUGCUAUUCAUUGACUACAGCUCAGCGUUCAACACCAUAGUGACCUCAGCUCAUUACUAAGCUAAAGACCCUGGGACUAAACACCUCCCUCUGUAACUGGAUCGGAUCCUGGACUUCCUAACGGGCCGCCCCCAGGUGGUAAGGGUAGGUAAUACAUCUGCCACGCUGAUCCUCAACACGGGGGCCCCUCAGGGGUGCGUGCUCAGUCCCCUCCUGUACUCCCUGUUCACUCAUGACUGCAUGGCCAGGCACGACUCCAACACCAUCAAGUUUGCCCACGACAACAGUGGUAGGCCUGAUCACCGACAACUAUGAGACAGCCUAUAGGGAGGUCAGAGACCUGGCCGUGUGGUGCCAGGAUAACAACCUCUCCCUCAACGUGAUCAAGACAAUGGAGAUGAUCGUGGACUACAGGGGGGAAAACAAGGACUGAGCACGCCCCCAUUCUCAUCGACGGGGCUGUAGUGGAACAGGUUGAGAGCUUGCGUUCCUUGGUGUCCACAUUACCAACAAACUAUCAUGGUCCAAACACACCAAGACAGUCGUGAAGAGGGCAUGACAAAGCCUAUUCCCCCUCAGGAGACUGAAAAGAUUUGGCAUGGGUCCUCAGAUCCUCAAAUUCUACAGCUGCACCAUCGAGCGCAUCCUGACUGGUUGCAUCACUGCCUGGUAUGGCAACUGCUCGGUCUCCGACCGCAAGGCACUACAGCGGGUAGUGCGUACGGCCCAGUACAUCACUGGGGCCAAGCUUCCUGCCAUCCAGGACCUCUAUACCAGGCGUUGUCAGGAAGGCCCUAAACAUUCAGACUCCAGCCACCCUAGUCAUAGACUGUUCUCUGUUACCGCAUGGCAAGCGGUACCGGAGCGCCAAGUCUAGGUCCAAAAGGCUUCUUAACAGCUUUUACCCCCAAGCCAUAAGACUCCUGAACAGCUAAUCAUGGCUACCCGGACAAGUAUUUACCUCUCCAUGGUUGCAGAAUCUUAUCUAUUUUUGCAUACUUUCUAUUGAAAUUGAUUGUGAGUUCAUUUAUAUUUUGAGAUGGUGAAGUAGACAUACUUGGUAUUCACAUCUGCCCAUUUUAUUGGUAAUCUACAAGGUAGUGUAAACACUGUCCUCUUUAACGAUCCAAUACGUAAUAUGGUACACUUGUCAUAAUUAGGUUUUAGUCCAGAGAGGCUAGAAAAGUGAUCAAGAUCUUCAAUGAGACUGGGCAGGGAUCCAGAUAACUUGAGUCGUCGGCAUACAUUGACACUUUUUUGUUAUUGUUCCCUGGAUUUCUAACCCCUUGAUGUUCUUGUUGAAUCUAAUUUUAAUAGUUAGCGUUUCAAUGGCCAUAAUAAAUAGAUAUGGAGACAACGGACAGCCUUGUUUUACUCAUCUUAAAAGCUCAAUACUUUCUGAGAAGUAACCAUUUAUUUAUUAUUUUACAUUUGGGGUUGCUGUACAUAACAUUAACCCAUUGUAUAAGAGAUUUACCGAAAUUAAAGUAAUCCAGGCAUUUAUAUAUAAAUUCUAGUCGUACUUUAUCAAAUGCCUUUUCAAAAUCUGCUAUGAAGAUCAGGCCUGCUAUCUUUGUUUCAUAAUGUUCAAUUGUUUCAAGUAAUUGUCGUAUAUUAUCUCCAAUAUAUCGUCCAUGUAAAAAACCUGUCUGAUCAGGAUGAACAUCUGGUGUAACUUUUUUUUAUUCUAUGUGCUAUGCAUUUCGCCAGGAUUUUCACAUCACAACAUUUUAAGUGUAAGAGGCGUCCAGUUGAUUUCAUUAGUAGUAAUGAAAUCAGACCUUGUUGAGUACCUGAAAGUCUACCAUUUUUAUAGGAGUAAUUAAAACAUGCUGAUGUAUCUUUUGGGUACAUUAAAUAAAGGUCUGAUAUACCUCUACUGGUAUACCAUCAAGCCCUGGUGUUUUUCCAGACUGAAAAUAUUUAAUUGCCUCAAGUUCCUCUUCUGUAAGUUGGCCUUCACACCUGUCUUUCUGUAAAUUGUUGUAUUAUUAGGAAAGAAAUCCUUACAGUUAACAUCAUUCAGUGGAAAUGGAGGAGACUGAAAAGAAAACGUAUGCUUAAAAUAUUUUGGUUCCUCUUUUUGGUAGCAUUUCUAUGACGAUUCCAGAGACGUUUUGUGCAUUCUUCACAUUUUUUUCUAUCCAAUUCUCAUUAUUUUCGUAAUACAUUACACUUAAUCGUUCUUGAAUAAGUACCUCCGAUUCUUUUUGUUUUUCCUCAACCCUAUUUUGUACCUAUAGUACAGUUUCCAUUACCAUCUAUCUGUGCUGUUAUUUCCUUUAGUCUAGUCCCUUUUGCUCUAAACUGCUUUUGCUUUAAUGAUGAGUAUUGUUUGGCCUCAAAGUACAAUUUUAAGUGUCCCAUACAAUAAGGGGAUCUGCUGUACCUAUGUUGUGCAGGAAAAAAGUCAAUUAUGAAUUAUUUUGUCUUAGUUAAGAACAAAUUGUCAUCAAUAGGAUUUGAUUAAAAUGUCCAAUAUUCACGUGGAAAUUCUGUAAGAGUUAGAUGGUGGGCCGACCUCGUUAGGUCUAUUAAUACCUUUUAUUUUUACUUUUGAUACCAGCGAGAAUGAGACCAGGAAGUAAUCAAGACUGCUAGCAUGAUUUAAGCCUCCAUGUAUAUCUCACUAGGUCAGGGUAGCCUCCAUAUAUCCACUAGUUCCAAUGUAUUCGUGUUCUCCUAAAGUGCUUGAGGGUGAUAGUUUGUACUGUGUUUUCCUUUACGAACCAUUGAGGUACUUAAAUGUGUAUAUAAUCUCCCACCAUAAUAGACUCAUUCGUUGCUUGUGAGCUCAAUAGAUUAUUAUCUAUAUUUUCGAGGAAAUGUGGAUCAUCAUUAUUUGGCCCAUAUAGAUUAAUUAGCCAGAUCUGUUUUUGGUCCAAUAGCAUAUCUAAAAUAAUCCCUCUUUCUUGAGUAUCUGUUUGCACAAUCGAAUCAACAUUUUUAUUACAUUUUAGUCAUUUAGCAGACGCUCUUAUCCAGAGCGACUUACAGUUAGUGAAUACAUUUUUUUUUUUUUUUUUACUGGCCCCCCGUGGGAAUCGAACCCACAACCCUGGCGUUGCAAACGCCAUGCUCUAUCAACUGAGCUACAUCCCUGCCGGCCAUUCCCUCCCCUACCCUGGACGACGCUGGGCCAAUUGUGCGCCGCCCAUAUUAAUUGGUAUAAUCACCCCUUUUGAGUUUCUUUGCCCAUUACAAAAAUAUAUUUCUCCCUCCAGUCCUUUUUCCACCCUACCUCAUCUAUAUUUGGAGAGUGAGUUUCCUAUAAACAAUAGAUAUUAUGUUCUUUUGUUUUUAGCCAGGUAAAAAUUGAAAUCUGCUAAGCCAUUACAAUUGUAACUGCCUAUACUUAUUUCCCCACUAACCAUAAUGAUACCCAUGUUUCAAUUAUACUUACCACAACCAGGUAGCUUAGUGGUUAAGAGCGUUGUGCCAGUAAACGAAAGGUCGCUGGUUCUAAUCCCCGAGCCGACUAGGAGAAAAAUCUGUCUGUGCCCUUGAGCAAGGCACUUAACCCUAAUUGCUCCUGUAAAUCGCUCUGGAUUAGAGCGUCUGCUAAAUGACUGAAAUGUAAACUUACCAUUAAAAAGCACCAUGAUGAUUAAGUGUCCCUAUAGCUGCAAUUUUUUUAAACUUCCAAUUUUCCUAAUAUUCCACCCACUAAACCCCCCCCCCCCAUAUCUCGGUCUGUCACUAAGACCAUCUCCCUGACUCAUGACGCACCUUUGCGUCCUAAGGUAAUUGGCGUAGGCCAGAGGGAAAUAUGGCCAGUCCCAUGAGAACAUAAUUCAAUACUGCCACCCAUCACACUACCCAUAAAGGAAUACCUAAGUUUAACUUACAAUCGACUGCCAUGGCAUGAGCGCCAAGAAUACAUGCAGUACUGACAAUCCAGAGCGCGUAAAACCAACCCUCUCGCCACCCACACACAUUUUGUAUUUAUUCCAGGGUCGUUGCUCUAUCACCUCGGCUGUUUUACACCUAUAUCACUAGUAUCAACCAUAUAAAAGGUAGCGUAAAAUAGCUUAUAUAGAAUUAUAAACUGGGUGGUUCGAGCCCUGAAUGCUGAGCGGCGUGGUAUCAGACCGUAUACCACGAGUAUGUCAGCAUUUUAUUUUUACUGCUCUAAUUAUGAUGGUAACCAGUUUUUAUAAUAGCAAUAAGGCACCUUGGUUUGUGGUAUAUUGCCAACACACAACAGCCUGAAUAAAAUAAAAAAAUAAAUGUUAACCCCUCAAGUGUUAUUCAGAGGCUAUCCAAAGUUUGAAAUCAAUUAAGCAAUCAAAGCCGAGGGUGGAGACAAGGGUUCUGACUUGUCUGUGGGUGGAAGGAGAUGACAGUAGUAUGGGCAGAAUUUGUUUGUGACCUGUCAUUUAAAGUGAAUCAUCCCAUUUUGCUAUUGGGCACUCAAUACUACCCCCCUGAAUAUAUAAUUUGACAAAACUGGAUGUCUCCAGAAACAUGCAUGGCCCUUUUCAGGGGUAGUUGAGUUUUGAAAGAAUGCUUGUGCUUGGAGAGGCAGAUCUGCCAAGCUCGAUCUGGUCAGGUUUUGCAUUGUCCCAUCGUGCUAUGGGGCCUUUAUGAGUGCUUAUAUUCGUCAUGCUUGCAGAGUCUGUUUGUGCCGCUCUACAUUUAGAAUUCUAUCUAGAGAACCUUAUACCCUGAUGUCAUGUCAUCAGGACGAUGCCCCGACCCCACGAGUUUCUUGAACUCAAUGAGCUCCCCAAGGCCUGGGACUGGAGGAACAUCAACGGCACCAACUACGUCAGCACUACCCGCAACCAGCACAUCCCCCAGUACUGUGGCUCCUGCUGGGCACACGGCAGCACCAGCGCCAUGGCAGGUAGCCUAACCUCCAGCUCGCCUUUCUGCUGUCAGACUUGUACAGCUCAUAGAAAUGAACAAAGCAUACAGUUUACUUGGUACUUUACAGAUUAUUUUGCAUCUGAAAGGAACACGGCACAAAUGGACAGGAUGAAGAUCAGACUGUAAAAUGCUAUUCUAUUUGGCCAUGGAUGUCUGCAGACUUUUGACAAGUUACAACAGUGUUGCAAAGCUUGGUAAUUCAUCUUCAAGAUGACUGUCAUAAAGAUGGUUUACCAAUCUAAAGUCACUUGGAAACUAGAUUUUAUAACGUAGAUGGAGUAAAUAUUGCAAUUGUUCAAACAUGAAUACCUGUCAGGCAUUUAACACGACUCACUCACUGACUCAAAUUCCGGGGGGGGGGGGGGGGGUGUAUGGCAGGGAAGUUUGUGGCAACCCCUGAAUGUGCUGGCAUGUGCAGUUGAAGCUUCAUGGUUUCCUGUAAAUCAGUUUAUUAUUAUUUUAGAAUGCAAAGGUAAUUUCCUCAUUUGCACAUACAAGUAGUCCUUUAUCAUAAUACAAUGACUUCAGAAUGCUGGAGUUGUCCUUACUACUAAGUUUGGUGACUUGCAACAUUAAUGAGCAGAUUCUGGAACAAGUACUGAAUUAAUGGACUGGUUUUUGGUGUGCUCCUUUUGUCAGAUCGCAUAAACAUCAAGCGGAAGGGAGCCUGGCCCUCUGCCUAUCUGUCAGUCCAGAAUGUGGUGGACUGUGGCGAGGCUGGCUCCUGUCAUGGAGGUGAUCACUCUGGGGUGUGGGAGUACGCCAACAAACAUGGCAUCCCUGACGAGACCUGCAACAACUACCAGGCCAAGGAUCAGCGUAAGGCCUCAAUAACUUAUCUCCCAGCUGAUCAUUCACUUUACUUGGUUGAACAGUCUUUCCCAUUAUAGAUUUGGCCACAAGACUUUGUCACACAAUUAAGAUUGAUGUGGUUAAUUUGCCAUUUCUCAGACUUCCCAUGUUCUCCAUAUUGUCUUGCAGAGUGCAAACCGUUCAACCAGUGUGGAACCUGCACCACAUUCGGGGUCUGCAACAUCAUCCAGAACUACACCCUGUGGAAGGUCGGAGACUUCGGUGCUGUCAGUGGGAGGGAGAAGAUGAUGGCUGAGAUCUACGCUGGCGGACCGAUCAGGUUAAGAACUGGACUUGGUCAACAUGGGCUGUGUCCCAAAAGGCACCCUUUUCACUAUAUAGUGUAGGGAAUGGGGUGCCAUUUGGAACUGGACUGAGUCAACAUUGUGACUGUUUCUCUUCUCAUGAGCUCCACCUGUCCGGACGGUGUAUGGAUUUGCAUGAGAAGUAGAGCCAAGUCAGUCAAACGGGCACCUACCUCUACCUCCGUGGCAGUUUGCCCAUGUCUGACGUGAAACAAAAUGACUGUAGUAGCACUAUGAUUUAAGUUAGUGAAGGAGCCAUUCAUUUUGUGUGGAGUUGGCGCUUAAUUUUCAUUGGCUUACUGCAGAAAUGCAACUCAUUCCAAGUAUUCUCUUUCCCUUCCUGCUCCUCCAAAAACAUACACAAAAGUGUCGCUUUAACUAAAUAGUCGCCAUAUUUUUUUUUUGUCCUUGGUAGCUGUGGGAUCAUGGCGACGGACAAGUUGGAUGCCUACACUGGAGGCCUGUACUCUGAGUAUGUAGAGGAGCCCUACAUCAACCACAUUGUGUCCGUUGCCGGCUGGGGCAUGGAUGAGACUGGUGUGGAAUUCUGGAUCGUCCGCAACUCAUGGGGAGAGCCCUGGGUAAGAUCCUUAUCAAAUGAACACUAUGCAUGCCAUAUUAUAUCUAUCUGGUAGUCUGUAGUGAUCUUGCAUGGAAACUACAACAGAUAAUCCUGUUCUGCUACAGAAUUGCAUUGUGAUCAAGAUGAGGCAACAAACCUAGCCUAUAGCUUUUACAAUGAAUAGCAAAAUCACAAGAAUGGCUUCAAAUCAAAGUCUACGUUGAGACCGACGGGAGCAAGGGUCUUUAAAUUAAAGUUCCAGGCAGCCUCUCGUUUUAACAAUAAGUUGUUGAGGUCACCCCCUCUCCUAGGGAGGGUGACAUGUUCGAUGCCGAUAUAACGUAGGGACGAAAUUGAGUGGUUUGCUUCCAGAAAGUGGGCAGCGACUGGGUAUGUCGAGUUUUUGCACCUAAUGGUGCUACGAUGCGCCGAGAUUCGUACUUGCGCUUUGUUUUACCCACAUCAUUUUUACCACAAGGACAAGUUAUAAGCUAAGUAACAGCCUUAGUGGAGCACAUAAUAACACCUUUGAUUGGGAUCCGUUUCCCUGUUUGGGGGUGUUUUGAAGGAUCUACAUUUGUAAGUGCCAUUGCAUUGAGCGCAGCCGUUACACUUGUAGUUUCCAUCCGGUAGAGGCGCAAAUAGACGUUGUGCAGGGAUAUUUAGGGGUGGUAACUUGACUUCUUCAACUUGACUUUCUAUUGCUCAUGUACCUUAAAGCAUAUUUAUCUAGCUGAAACUCCAGAUUUGAGGUAGUUUCUGUUUUCUUGCCAGGGUGAGAAGGGCUGGUUGAGGAUCGUGACCAGCGCCUACAAGGGAGGAAGUGGCAGUCAGUACAACCUGGCCCUGGAGGAAGACUGCAUGUACGGAGAUCCCAUCGUUCCCAAGGCCUACCUGUAG